UUUCAGAUGCCUCUGGAUGUUCAAUGGUAGCACUCCUCCAUACUGGAGCAGCCAAGUUUCCCCGCACGUUGCUUCCAAGGGUGAGACAAGCUGUGCGCUCCCUCCUCGCGGCUGGCGUUCUCAAAGGGUACGGCUCCAUCGUAAGCAGGAAACUGGCGUCCCACGGCUUUGGAGCUUCCAUGGCAGCAAUGUCAUCCUUCCCUCCACAGAGAUAUCACUACUUCUUAGUGCUGGAUUUUGAGGCCACGUGUGAUAAGCCACAGAUUCAUCCUCAGGAAAUCAUCGAGUUCCCUAUCCUGAAGCUGAAUGGCAGGACGAUGGAGAUCGAAUCCACCUUUCACAUGUAUGUUCAGCCUGUGGUGCAUCCCCAGCUUACGCCCUUCUGUACAGAGCUGACUGGGAUUAUUCAAGGCAUGGUGGAUGGGCAGCCCAGCCUCCAGCAAGUGCUCGAGAGGGUUGACGAGUGGAUGGCGAAGGAAGGCCUCUUAGAUCCCAGCGUCAAGUCGAUUUUUGUGACCUGUGGUGACUGGGAUUUGAAAGUGAUGUUACCAGGACAAUGCCAGUACUUAGGGCUGCCGGUUGCUGAUUACUUCAAACAGUGGAUUAAUCUGAAAAAGGCGUACAGCUUUGCCAUGGGGAGUUGGCCAAAGAACGGGCUCUUAGACAUGAACAAAGGACUGAACCUACAGCACAUAGGGAGGCCUCACAGCGGGAUAGACGACUGUAAGAACAUCGCCAACAUCAUGAAGACACUGGCCCAUAGAGGCUUCAUCUUCAAGCAGACCUCCAAACCCUUUUGAUCCCCAGGGCGGGCCAGGCAGGGCUGCAUGCGCCCGGCGCCGGCGAGGCGGGGAGGACGGGCUCUAGCAUUCAAACGGCAACCGAGGCCAGAGGAACCGACACAAAUCUCAAUUCAGCUGUUAACUCCAGUAGAGGUUGUAUAUAUGGGAAGGCAAAUCUGUGUAGACCUGAUGUGACUCCCUCUCUGGGCUGCUCCGGACAUUAUGCCAUGCUAGCGGACAGCCGCGUAGGGCGCUUGCACCACAUUUUAGACUUGUAGUUUCUUUUCUUUGGCUCCCCGAUUUCCAUCCCCGCCUCCGUGUCCCACCCCGUCCUCCCCGUAGCCAGAGCAUCCCCCGGCAUGGGCCGUCCCCGCCUUCCCCUCCUCUUUCUUUUCUCCCRUUUUAUGUUUUCAGGCCCUGAC